AUGGAUCGCCAUGGAGAAUACGUUGCCAAAAAGAAAGCCCCAAAAAGUGAAGAUAAGUUCCCGUUCCCGUUCCCGUUCCAGUUCCAGUUGGAAGACAUUCCUGUGUCAGUCGGUCGGUCAGACGGACCUGGCCAAGAACAGAACAUAAACACAACGCAAUCAGAGCUGCCAUUGAGCCCGGCUGAUCGGAUGGGCUCGUUAGAUUCUCGUGACAUUGACAUUCGAGUCCCCGCCCUUGUGUGGCAGAAGAUAAAAUUGCGAUUUCAAAUCUUACUGGGCACGUACAUCCAGCUCGCGAGCUUCUGUCCUGGGCCACUGCCCCAUGGGAAUCUAGAUUGCCAGUUGAAGGUCAGCCAAAAGCACUGGCGACCUCCGCACGGCACUCACUGCUCCAGGUCAACAAUGUCAACCCAUGUCAACUCUCGUCCAGUCCAGUACACUUUCGUUCGGGGCAUAUUUUCUAGCAGCGCCUUCCAGCAGUCGGUCCGUCCGUCUGUCUGUCUGUCUGUCUGUCACAUCGAUCCGAUCUCGAGUUGGGCAUUUCAUCCUGUGAGCUGUCCAAUCCAUGCAGCACGCAACAAAAUCAUCUGCAACCCGCCUCUGAAGUGCGACAUCAUGGGCUCGAACGCUUUCAGAUGA